AGCAGGUUGGGUGGUGAGUGGAAAUGGCAGGCGAACGGCUCCACCCCUCCACUCCCGUCCUCUGUUGAGAAAUCUGUUGAGCUACACAUCGGUGAUUUUCAUCCAGAGCCUGUUCCUCAGCUCCGACACGGACCCUCAGCAACAGCGCUUGGACUGGUGGUAGAUACCUGAGUUUUGUUUGUGCCAUUUCAGCUGGAAAGAACUUCCGCUGUCUUCCAUCAGCAGGAAGAGACCGCAGAUUGUGAGCACACCUCAUCAUGAACUGGGCAUUCCUCCAGGGCCUCCUCAGUGGGGUGAACAAGUACUCCACAGCCUUCGGCCGAGUGUGGCUCUCCGUUGUUUUCGUCUUCAGAGUCAUGGUGUUUGUGGUGGCAGCAGAGAAGGUAUGGGGCGACGAACAGAAAGACUUCAAAUGCAACACAGCUCAGCCCGGCUGCCACAAUGUCUGCUAUGACCACUUCUUCCCCGUGUCCCACGUCCGGCUGUGGGCCCUGCAGCUCAUCUUCGUCACCUGCCCCUCUCUCCUGGUGGUGAUGCAUGUCGCCUACAGGGAGGACAGGGAACGGAAAAACCGCCUCAAGAAUGGUGAAAACUGCCGCCGUCUGUAUCAGAACACUGGCAAGAAGCGCGGAGGCCUGUGGUGGACCUACGUCCUCACGUUGGUCUUCAAAAUAGGAGUGGACGCCACCUUCGUCUACCUGCUGUACCACAUCUAUGAGGGCUACGAUUUCCCUUCGCUCGUUAAGUGCGAGCAGAAGCCCUGUCCCAACAAGGUGGACUGCUUCAUCUCUCGGCCCACCGAGAAACGAAUCUUCACCCUCUUCAUGGUGGUCACCAGCCUGGUCUGCAUCCUCCUCUCUGUUUUCGAAAUCCUCUACCUGGUUGGCAAACGCUGCGCUGAGCUUUUCACCACAGUCCAUCACUCUCACCACAUCGUGACCAACACAUUGUCCAGUGGGAGCAACUUGAUGGAGUCAAACAGGCUAAAGCUGACAGGCAGCACCCCUGAAACUCCUGCUCCUUCAUACAGCGUUGCUGUUGUGUCAUGAUAAACUGAAAAUAAAGACUUGAUGAAAAACAAGACAAGGCAAAGGAAAAAUGCCUCUCCUCACUUACAGGCACUUCCUGAGCAGACUUGUCGGCGGACAUUACUCUGCUCAGACACUGAACUACAGCUGAAGUAGUUCCAUACUGUUUUGACUGUCAGAGAAUUCGAAGUUCUUGGCCACAGGUCUUAUGUGUCAUUGAUCUGGAAUGUACUCACUUUUGUGGGUUUGGGUCACAGUAUUUACAGAGAUUUUUAGAAAGGAAAUUCUGUAGAUUGUAUGCAUCAAAAAAAGCAAGUUUCUAAUGUGGUGUAUUGUCAGAUCUGGCCUUGAUACCAGUGACAUGAGUCACCGUGGUUUGGAGAGCAUGGUUUUACAAACACAUGUGGUGGUCUGUGUAAGAUUUUCCCUCUGCUCUCUGCCCAACCUCCAAAUGUUUAGUUCACACUGCUCUGCGUCUCUUCCCUUCACUCACACGUUCAUGUGUGAUUCUUUGUCAAUAUUUUACAUCAUUUAUCAUAAGGUUUGAAAGACUGUGCUGUUGUGCAUCUUACUGUCUUAAACUGCUGUCUUGAUAGAGUGCAGUGUCAGAAACACAGCAGUUGAUGAGAAUCAGAACAUGCAUAUUUCUCUGCGUUGAAGUGCUGUGUGGCUGCCUAGUUGUUAAUGUUAUUCUUUUUUUUUCAUUAAAGAUCAUGUUUAUGUUUUGAAAAUGUGAGUUUUGUUCAUGUUAUUAAGAAAACCAUUUAGGGCGGUGCAUACAGAGUAGCUCUGUACUGUACAGAAGUACUGUAAGGGUACUAAAGAACAGUAUUAACCAGAUAAAGGAUUUGUUGAUUCUGCUAACCUUUCUCUCUUCUCCAAACUUUUUCCAUGUGUUUCAUGAAGCUGCCCCUCCUCAACUGGCGCUCUGUUUCUAAAACCUCAACCUGGUUGACAAACGCUGCACUGAACCUCAUUGUUUGGGUUGAUUGGUACUUUUGAGAAGGGCAGAGGAGAAGUCUCCAUUUCCUCAGCUGAUUCAUCCUUGCUGACGUGCGUGGAUCCACCCAGCUCCGGAAUUUGUUGGUUGUUUCUGCCUCUGAAUGUGUUUUACCCAGUAUUUACACUAGAACAUCAGAUAGGAGCAAUGGAG